UUUUUUUUGCACAUAUAAAUAUUAACCUGUUGCGAAAACGAACUGCCGCAGUUGGCCACCCUGUUUGUAACCUCCAAUCUGACAGUUGCGCUCCCGUCACAAUACGACAGUGGUUUUGUUGACGUUUUGCUUUUGUGCCGGUGCAUGUGCACGGGCCUAGGACUUGGACAUCACAGUUAGAUGUUUAUUUCGUAAGCAAAAAUGGCCCGGAACGAUGGUAUUGUGUGUUAGGGCUCCCGAAUUCGGAUUUCCCGCCUGGGUGCGGCGCUUCGGUCGCGACGCGAACGCGCUGCGCGCACGCACUGUCCCAGUCGAGGCGCCAUUGUUGGACUUAUCGUCAUUACACGAAUCGGGUGUUGUUUUUUUGGUGGCGGUCAACGGCGCACCGCACCAUUUGUAUAGCGUGGACUGGCGCGAUUGCGACGCGACGCCCGUCAUCGUAGUAACGGUGCCGAUUGAUCGGACGGAGGGCGCGCUCCUGCGUGGUGCUCGUACACAGUGCCGGUGGACUGGGGCCGACUUUGUUGGCGGACACACAAAAGACCAGUCAAUGUCAGCAGGCGUGUCAGACCAGCGGAUGAAAGGACAGGGUAAUCAAGUGUCCAAUGGCCCUAAAGAACAGCUAGGCGCAGGCGAGGGUGCUAGCGGUUCUGAGGAGUUCGAACCAUGGCGCAGUGCGCAGCAGCAGCAGCAACAGCAGCAGCAGAACUCGGCUGCGCAUGCGUACGGGGCGAGCGUGCCGAUAUCGACGGGCACCGACCUGUACAACAUGAACACGGCCGGCUAUUACGGCAGCGGCGGCACCUAUCCGUAUCAGGCGUACGGCGUCGGCGAUGGCACCUGGUCGAACGGCACCGAUCCCAUGACCUUUCUGGGCACUUAUGGACACGACACUUACUCCAUGGACGGGAUGUUCGGUCCGUCGACGACGUUCUCGACGGCGACGGCGUUCGCGGCGGGUCAGCACUCUUCGUUCAACUACUUCCACAGCAACGGCGGCGACUACAAUACGUGGGGCAGCCAGUUGGGCGGACAGCAGCAGCAGCGCAAGUACGACGACUAUUAUCGGGGCGAUCCGCAGAACAUGUACACGCAGCAGAUGCCCGACUCGCUCAAAAACGUUGAACAGGCCAUGCAGAAUCUUGAUAUGAAAUCGGACGGCAAGGAGUCUCUAGGAGGUGGCCAGCAAAAGAAAACGACGUGGGCGAGCAUAGCGAGCCAACCGGCCAAACCUACACUGAACAUGCAAAGCCAGGGUGUGAAAAAGAAGGGUCCCGGUAUGCCACCGGGUCCAAUAGUACCUGGCAAGCACAACAUGGAUAUCGGGACGUGGGACACGGCGAAAACUGCCCCGCCUCAAGCUAUGCCAAUGGUGAACAGCGUCGCAGCGCCGAAGAACAGCGGUAGUGGUGGCGUGACGGUGCGACCCGGCUGGAACGUUCCUCCUACCGGUGGCCGACCCUUGCCUUCGGCUCCGCCUCAGCCCCCAACGCAUCCCGGUGCCGGAGCGGUGCACGCCUAUCAAACGAGAACGCUGAUGGCAGCGCCGCCGCCCCAGGCCCACAUGGCCCCGCCUCCCAUCAACGUGCCGCCAGGUUCCCACAUACAGAGUAUGAUGCCUCCGCCUCCGGUUCAGAUGAUGGUGGCCGGAGCCGCCCAGCAACACCAGCAACAGGCGGCCGCCGCAGCGGCGGCUGCGCCCGCUCCUACGCAUCCCGUGCUCGAUGAAUUACGUGGCAAGAACAACUACAAUCCCACAGAUUUCGAUCUGACGGCGCCGAACGCACGCUUCUUCGUCAUCAAGUCGUAUUCGGAGGACGACAUUCAUAGGAGCAUCAAGUACGAGAUCUGGUGCAGCACUGAGCACGGUAACAAGCGAUUGGAUCAGGCUUACAGGGAACGAGAGAGGGACGGCGUGGGCGGCAUGGGACCCGUCUACUUGUUCUUCUCCGUCAAUGGCUCCGGACACUUUUGCGGGAUGGCCCAGAUGGUGUCGGCCGUCGACUACAACGCCAACAGCUCCGUUUGGUCGCAAGACAAGUGGAAGGGACAGUUUAAGGUCCGUUGGAUUUACGUGAAGGACGUACCCAACGUGCAGUUGCGUCACAUCCGCCUGGAGAACAACGACAACAAGCCGGUGACGAAUUCCCGCGACACGCAAGAAGUGCCCCAUCCCAAGGGACUGCAGGUGUUGCGAAUCAUGCACUCGUACAGGCAUUCGACGUCGAUCUUCGACGACUUCGUGCACUACGAGAAGCGACAGGAGGAGGAGGACAACCGCAAGCAGCCGCCACCGCAACAGGCGCCCGCGUCCAACGGCCGAGACCAUCACCAUCACCACCAUCACGAGAGUGGCGGUAGCGGCGGCGGAGGCGGCGGCGGUGGAGGCAGGGACCACCACAAGGGUGCAAGGGAGCACAGGGACGGCGACCGGGACGGUCACAGGUCCGACAGGCACCACAGAUCGGGUGGCGACCACCAUGGCGGGUCGCACCAUAAGGAUCGCGGUGAGAACGGCAGAGGAGGACGCGGCGGCCGCGGCCGCAACUAGGGUCGCAAUUCGAAUCACCGAUUCGGCAGGCCAGGCAGCGUAACAACACCCCACGCCACUCCACCCCGUACGCCGGUCGUCGGUAGUGUUCGCGCGCGUCCAGCCGACCCCUCGCCGCGGAGUGCUCCUUCCCCCUCCGUUUUGCAUGUCUUAAUAGGGCUCUUUAAACUAGACACAUACACACACCUGCAUUGAGUUUUGGUUUUAUUUUUGAUUAUUACAUCGCUAUGAUUGUUUUGCUGAAAUCUGUUGCUUUUUCAUCGUGUAAACGGUCACUAUGUUGUUCGAAGUUGAGGUGAAGAGACCUGGCGGUGUUGCUAUUAAAUAUACACAUAUAUAUAAUAUAUAUAUUAUAUAAAAAAAAUGAAAACUAAAUUUCCAGUUAAUUUGUAUGUGUGGGUUCUCAAUUAAACUCUAAAAAUAUUGAUUUUUAAAAAAAAGGUAUAUGGAUUAUAUAGUAAAAUAGUUGUAAAAUAACAAACUUAGUAGCUCACUCUUCGGAUCGGGCCUUAUGCAAUCAAAACAAAAUAUUGUUAAAAAAAAUGAAUAGAGAAACGGGAGAAAGAGAAUGAGAUAGUGCAGUGUUGAUUUGUUUAUUGCUGAAGUGAAGGACAUCCUGUUUAAAUGAAUUAUAAAUUUGUAAAAUAACUUUUUAAAGUAAAAAAAAAUGGACGAUAUAACAUAGUUAAAUUUUUUAAAUAAAUCAAGUGUUGAUUUUUCCGGACUGAUUUUUAAACGCAGUGGCUGAAACAGUGUCGGGAGGUUUAUAUAUUUACAUCUCUUCAUUUAAUUGAUAUAUAUUUUUUUGUUUAAGUUGAUCGUUUUUCUUCCGUUUAAUUUUUUACGUGUGUACGUCGCGACGGCAUCGGACGCGGAUCCAACAUAUUGUUCUGGACUGGGCGAACAUCUCCGGAUCAAGGAAAACAAACCCUGAACAUUUCUUCUGUCUGUGCUAAGUGAACGCUACCCCAAAAUAUAUAUAAUAUAUUUAAAAAAAAAUGAAUUAAUUAAUUGUAAUAAAGAACUAUAUAACAAAUUGGCUAAGUUUAGUUGAUGAACACUGACAACCUGUUGUUUGUUCGUUUGUAUUUGUUGCAGUUUUUACUAAUGUUUUUCAAUUUUCUAAUCGUGUAGGAAAUGACGGACUUUGUGCACUUUAGUAGAGAAUUUGUUAAAUCGAUUAAAUAGUUUAACAUGAGGCUGUAAAACCGUAUCAUGCUAUGUUCAUUGUUUAUUUACUGUAACUAUAUAUAGAUAAUAUAUUUAGAAUGAACUAUAAUAUAUAAAUUGUGUGAUAAAAUGCCGCCUAUUGUGUAUUGCAAUUAUUUACUUAUUGUAUUAUUUUUUUUAUUUGUUAUUUGAAAAUUAUUUAUUUUGUUUACAAUACUACAAGUACUACCAUUUAUUUAUAUAUACAUUGUACUCUUAAAUUACAAUAACUACUGUUUUUUAUAGUUAAUAAUGUAAUUUUUAGUGCAUAUCAACAUUUAUACUUAUACAAGGACGAUCGCAAUUGUGGUAGUGUGACAAUAACAUUAAAAAAAUCGCAUUCAAAACAUGUUUUGUUGAUAUAGUUUGUGAUUUGUAAAUAUAUUGUAGGUUGUACAUUGAAAAUAUGUUUGCGUUAAUUUUUUUCUAGGUGCUAUUUUCAUCAAAUUCUGCAAUUAAAAUUACGUUUCUUGUAUAUAAAUGAGCAGACAUUUCGAGUUAACGAAAAAAUGAAAAUUUAUUUAGAGAAAUUGUAAAUUGUUGUAAUUCAUUCCAAGAGCAUAAGAAUGAAUGUAGCAUGAUGAUUUUAGCUGUCUUUUUUACACUGUGCCUAAUAUGUUAGACUGAUGUACGCAGGUGCAUUUUGUGAUUGUAACUGAUUCAUUGUGUGAUCCGAACAGUGGGCAUCCUCUGUUGUUAGCUACAUCAAUAAAACAACAAUUAUAAUAUGGAA